CGGCGACUCAGCCUCGGGCCAAUCUCAUUCGAAUUCGGCCUAUGCGUGUGCACAGUUUCGCUGAUCCUCGUGCCGAUUGAGCGACGUGUCUUGGAGUAAAAGGAUAAUUGUCCGAGUGUGCGUUACACGAGCUAGCAGUUGGCAAAACGAAGCACGACUUUCGAAGUGAAAACUCGCGCGUUAAACGAGCGGGCACGAGAGUUAGAGGAGUGCGCAGGACGGUAGAAGUGGAUCACCGGUGUUGGGCGUUGAAACUUGGCUGCGCAAGAGAAGCGUAUGACUCCGAUAUAGAGUUGUCAGUCGACAAAAGCUCAUUGUCUCGGCGGGGCGCGAGAACCGCGCUCUGAAUUUCAAUUAUCAAUUAUAAGGUUGCCAUUAGCAAGCCCGCGACGUAUAAUUGUAGAUUGUAAAAUGAACGAGUAAUUAUCCUUGAGUGGAGUGGAUGCUUUGCUUGCUAUGACGCGGAGAAGAUAUAAUAAUUCAUCAGAAGCACGCGUAACACUUGAAAUGUUCCAUUGUUAAUUGUAACGAACGGAAAAAAGGCUUCGAACGCAAAGAUAACGCACGACAACAUGUAUGCGAGCGCAGCGUUAGGCUUACUACUGAGCUUCGUGGCCGUAACCAGCGCCACUGAUACAGUGUACAUUUACUCUUUGCAAGUGAACGCUAUACCAGUCGUACCCCGUUAUUUCAAUUGGACUUUUAACGAUGGACGAGACGAGUACAUAUACGAGUCGUCUCUGCUGGACUCGCCGGAUUUGCCAUCUUGGAUUCAUUACACUUACAGCAAAAGAACUCAUCGAGGCUACCUUUACGGAGUUGCGCCCAGAGAUCAGAAAACUUUCAAGGUUGAGAUAAUUGCUUUCAACAAAAAGACCUACGAAACAAGAGACACGGUCCUUGAAGUUGUCGUAUCCGAGAACGAAAAUGUCUCGAAAUACCAGAUUCAAUUAAAAGUCAAUAAUUGGGAUGUCGAGGACAUGUUUGACAAUGGCACGGAAAUGCUUUUUGAUGUUUUCAGAAAAAACAUCUGGAAAAACGCGACGGACCUGCAGUUGACGUUUCUGGCUCCGGCGGUAGAGUUGGGCGCGCGUUACCCGUUGAAGCCCGGCGAAAAAGUCGGGACGGUAUUACGAUUGGGCAGUUCAAUGCCCUUCUCGAACGACUUACAGAUUCUCGAGAAGGAAUUGGAACCGACGAUGAAAAAAUUCAGCUCUUGCGACUUCAAGAAGGUAUCGUUUGAUCGCUUUUUCCGAAAUCUCGAGUUCGACUGGUGCUACUUUAGACUGAUUGAAGAUAACAGUGGUCUGCAGCAAGAGAGCGCGAGACGUGACAUGAGUGCAAGCAACAUCAUCGGUCCAUCAGCGGAGUGGCGUUGGGCUCAGCCGAUCAAGUCCGCACUGCCCAAACGUGCCUACCAUAGGGAAUUGUUCACCAGUCUUCUUGUGCCGGCUAUCCUUCUGUUGCUUCUCCUUGGUUUUUUAAGUGCAGCUCUCUGCCUCAAUCACGACCAGCUAAUUGCAUCGAGUGGAAAGAGAGGAUCUCCAUUAUUAAUGGACAACGGCGGGACCAAUGGUGUCCAAAUGAUUCAAUAUGCAACUACAUCAAGUAGUAGAGGAACACUCCGUUCACUAUCAGCUGCUCAAUCCUCCUGCAGUCCAACACUAAGUGAUUCUCAAUUGAUCAAUCGUAGCCCAAGAAACGCUAAAGAUUACAGCAGCUCUUACCUGCGCCCAAAUCCACCGCCAUACAUCACCCCUAACAACUUUGGCAGCGAUAGAGUCGACUUUUGACUAAACGAGGAGCCGGCUCGAACGUGGUUUUGCUGAAGAACACUCGCAUCUAUAUUUGCGCAUGCAUGCAUGGGAUAAACGCCAUAAUCGCCAUUAUUGAUACUGAAGAGUAUUUUUUGGGUUCGCCAAUUCGCCAAUUUUUGCGUGCUGUCGCUUGUGCUGGACUUGCAAAACCAAGGUUUCUGUGACUGGCUCCGAAACUUGACAUACCAGCUGAAUAAACAACCGCUUUUUACCGAAGCAAUAAUCAAUUAUAUAUCGGUUACUUCUACAUUUAUAUUGUUCGCAAGCGUUUAGUUAGUAAUAUUAAACGCGAGUAUAUGUACUUUGCGAUUGUGAAUUUGUUGCACGCACGCGCUAUCAUAGAGAUACUGAGAAAGCAUCAUAUUUGUUAUCGAUCGUGUGCUGUGAAAUUAUAGUUGAAUUCAUAUAGUUGAAUAAUGCAUGCUGUGCAUUAUGAAUAUCCGUGUGACAAUAUUACUAUUGAUAUAAUGGUUAAAUACUACAUCAGCAAAACAAUUAGUAAGAUAUAAUCGAGUUAUUAAUUCAUAGUACGUAGAAAGUAUUCAUAGGAGUCCACAUAACGUUCCGUUCAAUAUCUUUUUCGCUCUUUGUGUAAUUAAAUGUGCUUGUGGACGUUUUACUUUUAUUAUUGUGUUUAAAUACAACUAGCACAAAAACACUCGGUACUAAAAAAUGAAAAUAUAUUUAGAUAAGCCUUCGUGACUAAUGUCAACUCGUACAUGUUUUAGAAUACUUUAUUUAAAAAAAAGUAUAGGAGCAAGUGUUGAAUUAUCUUUUUGUAUAGAAUACGUGUAUUUAUUUCUAAGAUAAGUAGUACAUCAUUGCAACAUCAGUUUUUAUAGUACUGAAACCAUUCUAUAACAAAUAUAAGAUAGUGGUAACAAUAACAUUCCAAGCUAUUUGUAAUCUAGUAAUGCAAUAAUUAUUUAUAUAUUUUUCUUUGUUCGAUAAAAGUUUAAUAACAAAAUUCAGGUAUUCUGAUUAUUUAUUUAGUGAAUACAA